GGCGCUGUGCCCGCUGCGGGGAGAACGUGGUUGGGGAAGGCACCGGCUGCACAGCCAUGGACCAGGUCUUCCACGUGGAGUGCUUCACCUGCAUGAUGUGCAACAGCAAGCUGAGGGGACAGCCUUUCUACGCCGUGGAGAAGAAAGCCUACUGCGAGCCCUGCUAUAUCAACACGCUGGAGCAGUGCAGCGUCUGCGCAAAGCCUAUUAUGGAAAGGAUCCUCCGAGCCACCGGGAAGGCCUACCAUCCCCACUGCUUCACCUGCGUGAUGUGCCAUCGCAGCCUGGACGGGAUCCCUUUCACUGUGGAUGCUGGCGGGAACAUCCACUGCAUCGAGGAUUUCCAUAAGAAAUUUGCACCGAGAUGUUCGGUGUGUAAGGAGCCCAUCAUGCCAGCCCCAGGACAAGAGGAGACUGUGCGUAUUGUGGCCUUGGAUCGUGACUUCCACGUCCAGUGCUACCGGUGUGAGGACUGUGGGGGCCUCCUGUCUGAAGGGGACAACCAGGGCUGUUACCCUCUGGACGGGCACAUCCUUUGCAAGACCUGCAACUCUGCUCGGAUCCAGGCUCUGACGGCCAAGGCCAGCACUGAUCUCUGA